AUGAGGACACCAGGAAGUACAGCAAAAGGUGCAGACGAGCGGAAUAUUCCAUGGAGUCAGCAAGUCGACGAAGCUUCAUUUUUUUUUUUUUCGUCUCCAACCGAUGAAAAUACAUGCUCCCAGCAAAGUUCAAUGCAAUUUCAAUUUCCUCCAUUUAAUAUAAAAGAAAGUCAAAAUAUAUCCUGGAGCAACCAAAGAACAAAAAGUCCAAGUAAUUCUGACUCGAAUAAAAAACAUGGAAAGACUUCAAGUUUUCCUAAUGCAAAAAGAGACGAUUUUCAACGCAAUCCAUGGAGUACUCAAAAAAAAGGCAAACAUAUUGCUGAAAAUCCUUUAAACAUUAACAGAGCUGUCAGAACGGAAAAUGUUUAUGGACCAAGUAAAUUUAAUAAAGGGAUUGUAAACGCGUCAAAUGAGGAAAAAAAAACAAAUGCUCCAAUGUCAUCUGCUGUACCCAAAAAGACGACUUGGGCUUCAAUAGCUUCGCAACCAGCAAAGCUAACAUCAAGAACAAGCAUUUCAACUCUUAGCCAUAAAAAGAAAGGUCCGGGUAUGCCGCCUCCGCCAAUGGUUCCAGGAAAACAUAAUUUGGAUGUAAACUCAUGGGAGUUGCCUAAUAGUAAUCCUCCACCCUUGCCGUCACCACCCAUUUCGACUAAUAAAACAUUUGCCGAGCUUGAACCCAAUUAUCCCGUUGCAUUUGGAUGUGAUUAUGAAAUUGAGGUACAUGCAGAUAAAAGCCACAAAGGAAUUCAUUCUGCCCGUGAAGAAAAUAAAUCGACUUAUAAUAAUAGUAGUUAUGGACGCGCGCGAACUUCCCCUGUAGCUAAUUCGCGCAAGAACUGGUCUGCACAGCCCCUUGAACAAAAUAGUAGAGAGCUUGGAUCAGCAAACUUAAGUCACGUUCGGCGUUCCGAUAACAAUGUUGUGAAUAAUGUUUAUCAAAGCCGAAUUUCUGAGCGUAGAAAUAACUAUACACGUUCAGAACAACAGUCUGCAGCUCGUGAUGUUGAACAAAAUUUCGAGCCAAGUUCAACUGCUGAUGAACUGUCUCCAGAAGCUUCGAAUGCCGUUCUAGAAAAACUAUAUGACAAAAACAACUAUAAUCCGAUGGAAAUCGACUUAAACAUUGCAUCAUCAGCAAGAUUUUUUGUUAUUAAGUCAUAUUCAGAAGAUGACAUUCAUCGAAGCAUAAAAUAUGAGAUUUGGUGUUCAACCGAUCAUGGCAAUAAAAGAUUGGAUGACGCUUUUAAAGAACGUCAAAAGGAAGGUGCACAACUUCUACUUUUUUUCUCUGUAAAUGGCUCCGGUCAUUUCUGUGGAAUGGCUCAAAUGAUGACAGCUGUUGACUAUAAUUCUACAUCAAGCGUUUGGUCCCAAGAUAAGUGGAAAGGAAAAUUUAAAGUUAAAUGGAUUUAUGUUAAAGAUGUUCCCAACACGAAAUUACGGCAUAUACGUCUAGAGAACAAUGACAAUAAAUCUGUUACGAACUCGCGCGAUACUCAAGAGGUGCCCAAUGCUAAAGGUAUCGAAGUUCUUCAAAUACUCCAUUCUUAUAAACAUUCUACGUCCAUUUUUGAUGAUUUUUAUCACUACGAGAAAAAACAAGAAGAGGAAGUCUUGAAAAAACCAACCGUGUAUGAUAAUUCAUCAAUUACAUCCACUAUAAAUAGACAUUAUAGCCGUCAAAACGACGAUCGAGAUAGGGAAAGAGAUAUUCGAGGAGUUGGGGGAUCUCAAAAAUUUUUCGUCGGCAGUGGUGCCAACUUUCGAGAACGGAAUUCUUUUCGAGGAAAUCUUCAUAACACCGUAAAUGAUCAGCGCCGAAACGAAAGUCAUAAAACAAACAUGCAUUCUGAUACCCAUCAAAAGGAAAGAAAUGAUAGAUCUGAUAACGACGUAGAUAGGGAUAAUAAUGAAUAUAGAAAUCGUUACGGGCCGAAGUUUGAUUAUAUUCAACGAUCAAAACAUAGCAGGGACCGUGAUUUUAGUGAAAAAGAUACAAGAUUCCGGACAUCAACUAAAGAUAUGAUAAAAGACAACGAAUAUGACUAUUGAUAAUAACAUUGGACCAAUAAAAGCUGACAGUUAAGAUUAUUAAAUAUGCACAUAUUAAGAAGAUAAAACAGCAAAACAAUGGAGAUAGAUUUUGAACAAUAUAUUAUGAAGAGUUCAAUUAUGUUGUUAUUUUAACAUGUACACUUCCUCUUUAAAAACCAAACCUUGAAAAUAUUCAAUUUUGCAUAUAAUCGAAAAAAAAAAUCUUUUAUUGUAUCUAAUCUUUUGAAUUUUAAUACCCAAGGUUCGUCAUGUCAUUCCAUAAAAUUAUACUGUAAUUAAUAGAACUGAUAAAAUGGCGUACAUUUUUAAUUCAUGUAUAUAUUACUUUAAAGUAAACGAUCAUAUUUUGUACGCAUAUGUUGCGAAUUUUUCAUAACAAUUAAAAUAAAACCUUAAGUCCCUUAACAUUAAUUAAUA